AUGCCUCCAAAACCUAAAAAUAAAAAAGUUGAUGUUCCUGAGUCACAUGAAGAAGUGGUAAGUAAGGAUGAUCAUCCCACGUCGGUUCCUACUGAGGAAGGUAAGCAAACCCCCCAAAAAUCAAAAAAAUCGAGACGACGAAAAGAAGAAGAAGAGUAUAGACCAUCCGAUUCAGAAGGCACCGACAGUAGUGAUUCUAAUUCUUCACGGCAAGGUAGAAAGACGAGUAAAAAACCUGUAGGGAAACAAGGUUCUAGACAACAUUCACCUCAUCAAAGUUCCGACACCGAUGAUUCGGGAUCUUCAGAAAGUUCAUCUCGUUCUCCUUCACCAGGUGGAUCAAAGGAUGACGAUGAAAAAAAAGGUACUCGUAGUAAGUCAAGAAAACGAAGACGAACUCAUCGUCAGAAAACUUUAAUUGUUCACAAAAAUAAAUCCAUUAUUCCAAAAAUUAUAGUGAGACAUCCGACCAAAAAAAGUGCCAAAGGUAAAAAAAAAGAAGAUUUGGAUAAGGAAAAGCUAACCCCUCCUACUCCCGUUAAAAAAACUCGAAAGAAGGGUAAAGAAAAAGUCAAGACGACUGAUGACGAUAACCAUUCAAAUGAACUUGAUGAAUUGUUGGCUUCUUUUCCUCCUCCCUCCUCUUCAAGGCCUAGCGUUUUUAAUAAAAACAUUGCCAUGAUCGGUGCUCUUAACAUUCAAGCUUUUGGAAGCAAAAAGGCUUCUAAUCAUAUACUUAUGAGAAUAAUUACCGAUAUCCUCCGAAGUUACGACAUCAUAUUAUGUCAAGAGAUUCGCGCAUCGGAUGAGAUCAUUCAACAACUUGCUGAUGAAGUUUCCACACCAGCCACACCGUACACCUAUGUCGCUAGUCACCCUAUCGGACGAAACUCUUAUCAAGAGAGAUACGUAUUCUUAUAUCGAAAGAAUGAAUGGAAAGUUUUGGAGGCUUACGUUGUCGACGACGAAAAGUUGGGCGACAAAUUUAUAAGGGAGCCCUAUGUUGCCAGAUUUCAACAUUUAAAAAAGUCCGAUGUUAGAAUAACACUCGUUGGUUGUCACACUCAACCAGAAAAUGCAUACGAAGAGAUCAAAUCCUUAAUUAGUGAAGUUUAUGUUGAUGUUAAAAAGAAAUUAGUACGUGACAUCGUACAAGAAAAAAGGCAGCUGGAAAGAAGACCCGAAAAAAAAGAAAAGCGAUUUGCAGGACUACGCUCAUUUUUCUUGAAUUAUUGUUGUUGCUGUUUUGGAUCUUAUUCACCCAUUUCUACGAGAGAUUUUACCGAAGAAGCGUCCCAAAUGGGACUUUCAGAAGAUGGAACCGCAAAAGAACCUAUUAUAAUGAUGGGCGAUUUAAAUGCUUCCGGGUCUUAUCUUAACAAAACGCAACGCACGGAAAUUGAUAAUAUCUUAAAAGGAUUCAACUUGAUGUGGGGAAUCCAACAUAAUAGGGAUACCACAGUGUCUGAUGGAUCAGAUGCAGCAUACGAUCGAUUUAUUUUUGAAAUCGCCAAUGAGCGCAAAUGGAUCGGUCAAACCGGAAUAUGGAGAUUUGACGAAGGCUGGAAGAAGGGAAAAGCUGAUACUGCUUUAAUUAAAAAGGCCGCGAAACGUGUCACUGACCAUUAUCCUAUUGAAUUCGAAUUAAAACUUUAA